AGCCCGGCGGCGUCCCGGGAGCGCGACAAAGAGCGCGCUGGUCGCCGGACCUCUCGCCGUGGCGCCCGCGGCUCCGGCGGCUCGGCGGGCAAUGGGAGAUGGAAGCAAGAGACGCCGCGGCAGAGACAUUUGUUUGGGUUAACAAUGCGUCAGCACAUUCCCAGAGUGUUGCCAAGGCCAAAUACGAAUUUUUAUUUGGCAGAUCUGAAGAGAAAACUCCAGAUACUAGUGAUCAUGGAGGAAGCACUUUACUCCCCCCGAACGUCACGAAUGAGUUUCCGGAGUAUGGGACCAUGGAGGGAAGUGGAGAAGGCCUGAGAGCCUCUCUGGAGUUUGAUGCCGAGUCUCUGCUGCGCUGCCCGGGGUCGCCGCAGGGGGCCCAGCCCCUUGCCGGCCGUCACUCUGGGCCUGUCGGUGUCGCCGGAGGACCAAAAGAUGUCAGAAGGCUCCCUUCUCAAAGUCACUUCAAGGAGCCGAGUUUACAACCCAUCGACUCUCUGAUUUCAGCUCUGAAAGCCACAGAAGCCAGAAUAGCUUCAGGAACGUUGCAGGCUACAAAGGUACUGGAUGGAGCUGCGGUUUCUAGUGGUUCCGCUCAGCAGGGGGGACAGGAGCCAGACACCGCCAGUCAGAAAGCAGCGAAAGCCCACGCGCUGUUCCCUGCUGGCCGUGAAAAGUCGCCCGAUAUACCUCUUUCAGCCAAAGUUCCGACUGAGGAGCAUUUUUAUUUGAGCACCCAGGAGGAUCUGACUGCACUAUUAACUGGAGAGACUCAAGCAGAGCCAUCCCUAAGAGCUAGUAAUGGACGAAAGGGGGCUGUCCACGUGCCAGAGCCAGCUGGUCCAGCGUCCUUGGCGGGCAGCCCCGCGACCCACAGCUCAGCGGGCGGUGCUGGUUUGUUGAGAGAGAGUAGGUCUGACCAGUGUGCUCGGGGACGCCCAGGCCCGGGCAAGCAUGUGGCGUUUCAAGGAGUGGAAACACUGUGGACCGGAGGGGAGGAGAGGGAGGCCCGGCACGCUGCGGACGUUCAGACGUCCCCGGGAAGGACAGCCCCUCCUGAAAGCAGAGAGUUUUCCGAAGUGCCCAGCCACCUCAUCUCGUCUGCCGCUCUGCGUGACUCCGCGCCUCCUGAGAGGCCGGGGCCUCCCGUGCCGCUGCUUGAGACGGUAGAGGAUGAAGUCUUCCUGAGGGAGGACAAGGACCACGUGGAGAGGAGGCCUGAACCGGAGGGGGACGGGGAAAGGAUUCUCGAGCAAGCGGAGCACUUGCGGGGUGGAGAUGAUGACAUCCUUGGGUCUGGAUACGCAGAAGACUCCACUGACGUGUACAGCUCCCAGUUCGAGACCAUUUUGGACAACACCUCUUUAUACUACAGUGCUGAGUCCUUGGAGACUUUGUAUUCAGAGCCUGAUAGCUACUUCAGCUUUGAAAUGCCCCUCACUCCAAUGAUACAGCAGCGCAUUAAGGAAGGCGGGCAGUUCCUCGAGAGGACGUCGGUGGGAGGACAGCAGGACGUCCUGAGCAUCUCGGCGGAUGGCGGGAUAGUGAUGGGCUAUUCCAGUGGGGUCACCAACGGGCUGAGUGGCUCCAGUAACUCCAUCUACUCGAAAGGCACCCCAGAGAUCGCUUUCUGGGAAAGACCCCAACGGAAGGAGUGUAUCGCCCGGAUGGAUGCCCCAGGCUGCAAUGCUGGGGUGAAAACAUCUCUGCUAGAGGCUCAUUCUGAAAUGGGGAGCACUGAAAUUCUGGAAAAGGAGGCCUCAGGAAGUCUCAGUAACGGUACCAGCAGCAACAUAGAAGCAGCCAAAAGGCUGGCCAAGCGCCUUUAUCAACUCGACAGGUUCAAAAGGUCGGACGUGGCAAAGCACCUAGGCAAGAACAAUGAAUUUAGCAAACUAGUUGCGGAAGAAUAUUUGAAGUUUUUUGAUUUUACAGGAAUGACACUGGAUCAAUCUCUCAGGUAUUUCUUUAAAGCAUUUUCUCUUGUGGGAGAAACCCAAGAACGAGAGAGAGUUUUAGUACACUUCUCCAAUAGAUAUUUUUACUGUAACCCAGAUACCAUUGCUUCACAAGAUGGAGUCCAUUGCCUCACCUGUGCAAUGAUGCUUCUUAACACAGAUCUCCACGGCCAUAAUAUUGGAAAGAAGAUGACUUGCCAAGAGUUCAUCGCAAACCUCCAAGGGGUAGAUAAAGGUGGUGAUUUCUCCAAGGAUCUACUGAAAGCUCUGUACAACUCGAUCAAGAACGAGAAGCUCGAAUGGGCAGUAGAUGAUGAAGAGAAAAAAAAGUCUGUGUCCGAAGGUACCGAUGAGAAGGCUAAUGGAACACAUCCAAAGACCAUCAGCCGUAUUGGGAGCACUACCAACCCAUUCCUGGACAUUCCUCACGACCCCAAUGCUGCUGUGUACAAAAGCGGGUUCUUGGCUCGGAAGAUCCAUGCAGAUAUGGAUGGAAAGAAGACUCCAAGAGGCAAGCGAGGAUGGAAGACCUUUUAUGCUGUACUAAAGGGAACAGUGCUUUACUUGCAAAAGGACGAAUAUAAGCCAGAGAAGGCCCUAUCAGAGGAGGACCUGAAAAACGCCGUGAGUGUGCACCACGCGCUGGCAUCCCAGGCCACCGACUAUGAGAAGAAGCCCAACGUGCUCAAGCUGAAGACGGCUGACUGGAGGGUCUUGCUUUUUCAAGCCCAGAGUCCGGAGGAAAUGCAGGGAUGGAUAAACAGGAUUAACUGUGUCGCCGCUGUGUUUUCGGCACCACCGUUCCCAGCAGCCAUUGGGUCUCAGAAGAAGUUUAGUCGCCCACUGCUGCCUGCCACCACAACAAAAUUGUCUCAGGAGGAGCAGCUGAAAUCCCACGAGACCAAGCUGAGGCAGAUCACCACAGAGCUGGCGGAGCACCGAUCCUACCCGCCCGACAAGAAGGUUAAAGCCAAGGAGGUGGAUGAGUACAAGCUCAAAGACCACUAUCUGGAGUUUGAGAAAACCCGCUACGAGAUGUACGUCCGCCUCCUGAAAGAAGGGGGCCUGGAACUCCUGAGCGGCGGCGGGGGGGGGCCCGCGGGCCUGAAGAAGUCGCACUCCAGCCCCUCGCUGAACCCAGACACGUCUCCGGUCACCGCCAAGGUCAAGCGCAACGUGUCGGAGAGGAAAGACCACCGGCCUGGAACACCGAGCAUUAAGCAGAAAGUCACUUAGGAUCCAUCUGUGGCCAGGAAGUGCUGGUCGUGAAGCAAAACUAGAGGUUUUCAAGAUCUUUCUGGUAAAUCCGUGAAUAUAUUAAAAAAAAAUAAUAAUGUCUGUGACUAAAAUGGUGCAUUAGUGACCUUUCCCAUUGUAUACUUUUGUUAGUUUCUGUACAGGUCAUCUCUUUGCUCUUGAUUUCUUUGCUUUGAUGACUUUUGCUACCUGAUGACUAAUGCACCUUUUGUGGGGGGGCAGGGGGAGCACGAUUUCAGAUGGAUUGUGUUACUUCUCCUCCGGUUUCUCUCCUUUGCACUCUGCUCACUUGUUUUGUGUAUUCUCAAAUCAGCAGUUACACUUUUUUAAAAAAAAAAAAAAAAAAAACCUUGAAUCCAUUGUGAAACACUUAACUGGACAAACCUUUGUAGUUUAGAAAAUUCUAGCCAGAGCUGGUAAGAGCCUUUUCUUGUGAAACCUUGCCCAGUCACCAAGGCAGAAUCACGCUCAGAAGUCCGCUUAAGAGUUACCGUCGAGGGAGGCGCCGUCGCCCUGUGACCCCCGGGGCCUCUGAGCACUUGGUGUUGAGUCUGGCCCUACGGGGUGGGGUGCGGGGGGCGAGGACCUCAGGAUGGGGAAUGCAGGAAGCGCGCUAGCUCGCUGGAAGUGUGGAUUCCAUCUCAGCCCAGCAAGGAGGAGGGAAGUGGGGUCUCAGAGGCUGAGGCAAGACGGCCGCAGGUCCACUGUGUUUUGCAAACACAGCGUCUCAGUGGCGACAACGGACUCUGGGGGCCGCCACAGCAGGAAAUUGUUACCUCACCCCCGCAGGGUCCAGACGAGGGAUCCAGAGCCGUCUGCAGUGGAUAGCCUGCCAGCCAGGAAUUAGAAUCUUUUACAUACAUGAGCAUGACUGGUUAUAAGAAUUUGGGGUCUUCCCAACAAAAUAAUAUCAAAAUGGAGCCCUUCUUUCCUGAAAGCAAAAUAAGAAAGGGAGACGCAGUUCUUCCCUAGAGUUCCUUGGCAAUAGGAUGUUGAUUCUCCGUAGUUAAAUCUGAAAGGAAUAAAAUCUGAAGGAAGUUCAGUUGCAGAGCCGAGGACUGUCUCUCGGUGGCGAACGCAGCGUCCCCUGGUCUGGUCUUGCCUCCGCCUCUGUGACCACCGCUUUUCCCCCUGCCCUGAACUGUCCCCAGAGUAAAUCCUUGAUUCUAAAGCAUUUCUUCGCCUCCGCUCAGAACAGUCAUAAGCUUGUUCAAGGGACAGUCCCUAUGAAGAUCAGGGCGAUAAGCAGAACAGUAUGUUACUGAGGAGGAGAGAGGGAUGAAAAGUGAGCCCACUCUGAGUUAGAAGUUUCUGAUUUUGAAACUUGAAAACUUGGCGAUCCUUAAACCUAGAAGCUCCACAACUUCGGAACUGAUAGAAUCACUGAAUAUUCUUCUCUUCCACAGACAUUUGCCCUGGUUGCACUCAGUUUACUGGUUAAGGUACUAUGACCAAAGAUUCAGGGACUUUGCGCGGAUAGCUCAGUUCCAGGGAAUCAGAGAAAGCCCGCUUUUGAACCCUGCAGUUUCAGGUGGUAUCUUGUCCCGAGGCACCAGCGUUUACACAGGACUAUUUAUUAGCACUUCCGUCGGCCGCAGAAACGCCCGUAUUUGCUGGUGCCCAAGAGAGAAGCCCCUCUCUGAGGUUAUAGCUGCUUGCUUUGUGGCAUUUUUGCCACGUCUUUGAAAAGCUCCCUCUAACCCUCUUGUCUUGUUUAGGUAAAGGCAGUAACUGAAUUUGUUUCAAGAAACCCAGAAACGCACAGGGCGGUUACCAACCUGUGUACCUGGUUCUGUCUUUGUAGUGCUUCUGACUGAACCCACGGUUUCUACAAGGAAAUAGUCUUUCUUCCUAGAAUCGGAAUCAUCAGUGUGUGUGUUUUCUGCCUGGAUCUUUAUCCUAAGCAGAGGGGGCAGGGUACCGAGGCCACGUCAUCUCUUCAGUCACUAAAGAGAAAGAAGCAUCCUUGGCUGGCUUGAAUGUGUGUGCUCCCAGUCUGUGUGUCUGUGUGUGUCACGUGUCUCCGUGUGUGUCCCUUAGAGUCUGUCCCGGACGUGGAAUGGUACUUGCUCCGGCGUCUAGGCAGCAUCGCGGCUCUGAGAUCCUGGUCAGCAUCGGCAACUCACUGAGUGACUCGCUGAUGCCGUCUCCAGAGCUCCUGGACAUGCUGAUGGAGAGACGCUGAGAGGGGCGCUCUGCAAGCUGGCGUAUGUGCCGUGUUCCCACAGUUUGUCCCGGGAAACAGCCGCAGAGGUCACGUUGUGGGCCAGGACCCCAGACUGCCGUCACUAGGUCAACAGCUGAGAGCCGCCCCCUGCCCGCCCCGAGGCCUCUGGACUGUCUGGCACAGCGCCCCUCGCAGGCCAGGAGCUUGUCCUGUGGGAGGCAGGGCCUCUCCAGUGACUGGACGCUGCGAGGCUCGCCCCUAGCCAGCCGUGACUCCUCUGUGACCCCUGCUUCCCUGGGGUGUCUAGUUAGGGGACGCGGAAAUCCUUCCCCUUCCCGGCUUCCCCGAUCACGGUACAGGGGGCCCGGCUUCCUCCUGAAGGUCCUGCCCCCAGCCUUCACCCAUCCCCUCACCCAUCCCUCAGCACCAGAGCCUUGAGGUCACCUUCCAUCCAAUAGGUCCUCUUUACAGAAAUACACCUCAUAUCAGCUUUUAGUCUAGAAAACCUUGAGAGUCACCGGAAUACCUUGGUGACAGUCGUGUGGCAGAAUUGCCUAUUUUAGAAGCGGCAGUCUCAGGGUGGACCCCCACCUCAUGUGUGGACAUUUCCAGGGAAGGGCCAGGAAUUCUCUUUAGCAAUCAAGACUUAGUUACUAGGGUGCAGAGUCCUUAUUUUACUGCCAGCCACAGACAUCAUUUGAAGUAUGCUUUUUUUUUUAAACCGUCAUCUGCUGACUCUUAGUAAUGCCUGAUUAGACCAAGCAACACCUCUGUGCGUCUGAUUAACCUCAGUAAAACCAGCGUGUGGAGAGGCGUCUGGGGGACUGCAGCCCUGCGGACCUUUUCUGUUGCUCUCAGUUAAAGAGGACAGGCGACCGUGAAGGGCCCUCUGUGCUUCUCCAGCUGCGACCCUCGCUCCGAACACGAGGCAUGUUUCCUAGUCUGAAGGGAAGUGAAGGAGUUGAUUCUGGGAGAGAGAAUCCAGCCGGCUCCCCGAGGCCAACUGAGGGUCGGCCUCCGGAGGGUGUGUUUCACCCUUUGGCCGAAGCCGGACCCCCCGAACCUGGAGUGGGGGGGACCUGCCCAGCAGGGAAGGCGCCGCCUGCUGGCCCUGGCCUGCCCGCUCCGGCCACAGAGAGGAGGGAGCCACGCUCAUGUCCGGCGGGGCUGGCUUUGGCCGCGCACUGCACCUCCUCUCUGCCUUCACCCCUAACCAGAGGCAGCUGGGGAAAAGUUGACCUUCGAGAAGCUUCUCCAUGGUCUUACUUAGAACCCUUCCUUGGGUUUAGUUACUAGGUCCCUGGAAUUGGAUUCUUUCCGUGUUUUUCCUUGUGGUCACCAGUUAAGUUUUUCUAAGCCUGAGUUUACAGGGCGUUUCUCAGCCCUGAGGGUCCGGAGCUCCACAGUGGCGCUUCUCGGGGACCCGGCCAGGGCUCGGCGGUCGGGGGGCCAGCUUCCUCGCCGCACCAGCGGUCAGCCCCUGGUCCGCUCGCUUUCCACCCGACAGAGUCUUUGCAGUCGCUGCCUUAGCGCCGUUAGGCGGGAACCAGAGUGUCAGUGAGGACUGGCUCAGCAUCUAGCCUGGCUAAUGGCGAGAGUUCUCCGCGGAGCAUCUGAGUGCCUCUGACAGAAGAUCAGGCCACGUUGUGAGGAGCCGGGCCUCCGCGCCUUCCCGGUCCCAAGGCCCUCUGGCUGGCUGUCUCCCGGGCCAGCAGUGCGCCCCGGGCAGUCACCCCCGGAGGACCUCAGAGAUGAGAGGCUCACACUAUGGAAUAACCCCACGGCCUCAUGGGGGAGGCGCCAUGAGGGGCCUCUGCCCCGUCUCUGCUCUCUCCCCCGUGUCUCACUCUCAGAGGACUGAGGUCCAGAGCCGUUGCCAUUUUCCUCCGGGGCCCAGAGCACCCACAGCCCCAGGGGACUGCCUCCACCUGGGACCCCGAGCAGCCAGUGCCUGCAGGGAGGGCGUCCUCAGAGGGAGAGAGGCAGGAAAGACGUGGCGCUUCAGGGCGGUCUGUGGGCUUGACUGCGAUGGCCGGCAAUACCACAGGUCAAGUAGCUGUAUAUACGGGAGGUUUCUUGGGCCUCUUUGGCUCAUCCUCUGAGAUUUACGUGCACAUCUGUAGCGUUGCUGGCUCUUGGAGAAUGUUUAUCUUAAUAGUAUGUCAGAAAUCAACAAGUAUGCGUCCUGUCACCUGCCCGUGUCGUAUUUGUGGGUAUUUAUAGUUGUAUGUACCUAUAUGUAUCAAUGUGUAGAUUGUACAUCAGUAUACAGUGUAUGUACAUCAAAUUUAUUUUUGUCCUUAACCAGUGUGAUAUGAAAAGCAAGUAAAAACCUCAUAGGAUUGAAUAUCUAAUGCAGUUUUUUGAGAGUCUAUAUAGUGGUACUGUUUUAUUAAACUUAAAUUCAAAUGAUAUUUUGAUUAAUUUUUUUUAAUAAUAAGAUUUUAUGCUAGAAAAUUUCAUCUUUGAGCUUUGACUCACCAGAGCAAAAAGGACUCUGAACUAACUUUGUUAAAACUAUUUCAGUGUACUGUGUACAAUACUGGGGUGGGGGGUAGCUCAUUAUAAUUUGAAAUAUACAGAAAGAAAGAAAAAAAAAAAAAAACCACAGGCAACCUGUGCAGUCUUAGCAACUUCAGUAUUAAGAGCACUUAAAGUCAAACUGACAAUUUGGGGCUUAUUACAAAAUGUGAUGCUUUAGAGCACACGUUCUUUAUUGUUGUAAUUAGUCCGGAAAAAUAGAGCUUUCAGAAGAAUCAGCUAAGUGCCCGGCGUAUCCUUUACAUACCUGUGACUAUUUUACAGCAGCUCACACCACCCUCCCACCCCUGCGUCCCCACCCUCUUCACCUUGAAGAACAUCACCAACUCCUGCAGUAAGCCAGGCUUCCCGAGACCCAGGACUGCCCUCCGGGUCUACGGCUGCACCAGCUAAGUGUCAAGUCACAGGUAAAAGAAUGUCAGGACAGACUGUGGACCAGGUUAAAACUUUAAUAUUUUUAUACUUAGGUCUCUUUUCCCGCCUCUCCCCAAAGAAGAGCCGCUGGCCUUAGUUGUCUGAGCUUACUGCUUAUCUUAACGGUAUAUAAAUAGAUCACUAGAGAGUAAAACUUCAUUAACCAGCAUGUUGGUGUAAUUUAAAACAAAACUGAGUGUGUGUGAGUGAGUGGUUGAGUGCAGUGCGUUUGUCUACACACGCUUGCCUGUCGUCCCACGGGUCCGAUUCAGAGCGUGGGGGCCGUGGGCUGAAAGGUCUGCCCCGGCCCCAGACCGCAGUGGUGGUGGUCACACUUGCGUCCUUUUCUUAGUUAACUCUGUUCUCAAACUACUUUUGCAGUUGUUUCCUAUUUCCUCAUCUGUCCUUGACGUGUGGGGCACUGGCCCUGCGUCCCUGCAGGGUCUGUUCCACUAGAGUGUGUUUCCUCCUGAGAACCACAGUGAUUUGCAGAAGCAUCCCUUUGAUUCAGAAACCAUAUACAAAAAGGAGUAGCAAACUUUAAAAUUUUAAUGGGGGGGUCUUAGUCAUUUGAACUGUUGGGACUUUUAAUGUAAAGUCAAGUAACCCUUUGGCCUGGAUAAUAAUAUCUCCUGCGUGGAGAGUAAGUAUGCACAUUGACUGUAAUGCCCUUAGGAUACUUUUCUAAGUUGUAGGAACAAGAGUGAAAGGGGAAGGUGUGAGGCGCGGGCCUCUGCCGGGGGCAGACCCGCUGUGGCCUGUCCUCUGCCCUGAGGGCUCUGGUACACGGGGCCUCCGGCAUGUGUACACACGCGUGCACAUGUGUACACAGUGAGUGUCCCGAGUCAUGUAAACUUGAGACGAGAGUGCUGGAGCGGUGCUUCGGGUAUGGACCGAAGUGGCCGCGGCCUGCGGGCCCCCCAGGGCAGGCAGGACUUGGAGAGACGCUGUGCAGGAAGGGGCUGGCUGGCAGGUGGGGGCCCUCCACUCCCCAGCGUCCUGGGUGGCCGGGCGGCUGCUCGGUAGCUGGUUCCUUUGUGAGGGGCUCAUGGGGAGGAACACAGCCCUCUGCGGCCCCUGAGCUGGGCAGAGGGGCUGGAUGCGGGAGGAGCCUGGCUGUGACAGCUUUCUCUUUGCAGUCUAGAGGCUCAGCUUUCACCAACAGUGUUAUAAAAGAAAAAGCACUUUAGUGUCAAUUCCUGGAAAAUGCUGGUUACCAGGGAGAAUUCUGGAAUUGCCCUCCGGGAGCCCCUGGCACAAGCUCGGUUCAGGUCCCACUGGGGCCUGGCUCCUGCUCGGACCCCGUGGAGGCUGGCAGGUGACUCUCCGCAAAGAGGGGCUCCUGGGAGCCCAGGGCUGGUCCACGGGCACCUUCCCAGGCUGCAGGGACCCAGCUGUCCUUGCAGCCGACCCCGCCGAGGGUGCCCGAGUCCCCGCGGUGACACAUGACCGAAGCCAAGACCGUGUCCUUUGUCUUGGCGAGAAGCAAGGUGGCACUUUGGCCUGUAACCAGGGGAUGGAUGAUAUCUUUGCCUUUGCACCCGGGUUUCUGGAAGCGGAUAAGGUUUCAUUUCCGUGGAGGGGUCAAGGGAGGCAGCCCUCUGUGGCAGGUCCCGCUGGGACCCUGUGAGAGCUGCCGGGCAAAGGCCCCAGCACGGUCCUCCCGCGUUCUCUUCGCCCGCGGUUCUCGGAGGCUGUUUCCAGAGCGGAAUUGACAAAAGCGGAGAGCUGGCACCACAGCCCUGCUUCCUGCAGGGCAGGCGGAAGGGCGGUGGUGUGCAGCCUUUACCACAUAAAACGAGCCUUGAACUUUGCCAGCCUAUGAAUCGGGUUAUGUUUACUGGGGCUCAGAUCCUGCCUUUGCCUUCAGGGUUUCCUCCCCAGUCCCUUCAGCUUCGUUGCGGUCCUGAUGCCAUAGGUCCCUGCACAUUGUGAAAAGUGGUGACCAAAUCGCAGCCUACUCCAUUUCAGCGGCCAGACUGUCACCCUGGCAGACUCGGGCGAGCUCGUGGUACCAACCCCUUUAGGAAACCUGUUCCUGGUCGCCCACCAGCCUCGAGACGCGCCAUCUCCCCGAGAAGCACGGCGUUGGUGGUGGUCACCUUUUGAGGGGAACAGUCAUUUCUGUGGAUGUUGUUAAAGUGUUGGAAGAAUAUUUUGAAAAUUAAGUUUACAUUUUACAAUCGUUUUAUUUUUUAUUAAAAUAGUUGUAUAUAAAUAUUGCCCUAUUUCACUGUUGUUGAAGUAAAGCUAAACCAUGCAGACCAGUGAGUCACCUGAUGUGUAUAGAAGCUGUGAUGUAUAGAGUACAUUUCUCUCCUGUGUAAAUGUUCAUGAAUAUAACUGUUCCUGUGUUUUUAUAAGUUGGAGAUAAUUUGUUGUUUUACAACAACAGAAUUUAUUGCAUUUAAAUGGUUUUUAUGUAAUAGAAAUCAUGCAAAGUAGCGAAGGAUUUAAAAUAUGUAUAUGAUAUAUGUAAAUGUACAAACUUUAGAAAGAAAUAAAUCCAACCGAUUUCCGUCA